ACACGGUCCGGUCCAGGGAGUUGGUGGCUGGAAGCUGCGGACAGCGGCGGAGAGCAGUGUUGGCUGAGCCGAGGCGUAGACCGGGCAACACGCUCCUCGGGGGCCGACAAAGAGAGAGAGAGAGGGAGGAAGGGUAGAUCCAGUCUGACCCCGACCCCCAAGGGGUGGAGAGCCAGUGUCCGGAGCGGCCCCAGAGGGCGGAGGGCUAGUGUCCAGUCUGACCUCCAGGAGGGGAGGCAAGGAGCCAGUGUCUGGAGUGAGUGAUCCCCCAGAGGAGGAGAGAUACAGUGACCCCCAGAGGGUGGAGAUCCAGUGUCCAGUCUGACCCCCAGAGGGCGGAGAGCCAGUGUCCAGUCUGACCCCCAGAGGGUGGAGAUCCAGUGUCCAGUCUGACCCCCAGAGGGCGGAGAGCCAGUGUCCAAUCUGACCCCCAGAGGGUGGAGAUCCAGUGUCCAGUCUGACCCCCAGAGGGCGGAGAGCCAGCGCGGAGUGGCUCCAGGGGGUGGAGUGUUAUUGUCCAGUCUGACCCCCCCCUCCCUGUUCCAGGGGCUGGAGGGCUAGUGUCCGGAGUGACCCCCCCCCCCCCCAGGGGCCGGAGAACGAGUGUCCAGUCUGACUCCAUCAGCCCAGGACACAGAGAGGAACCAACCCUAUCGCAGUCCAGGUCUGACCCGAGAGAGAACGAGAGUGGGAGCUGAUUCCCCUCGGGGGUGAGAGGAGAGACAGAGACAGGGAGAGAGGAGCCGGGGGUGGUUUGAGGAGAGGCGGUCAGUGUGAGCCGGGAGCUACAGCGUGGUGUGGUGGAGCGGGCAGCCCGGGUCUGACCCAGUCCGGAGAGGGUAGGGGAGGCGAGGGGUUGGCUGCAAGGAAGGGGGGGCUUGUGCACACAUCUUUGUUUUCGUUUGGACAACCGUCCCGUUAAACUCGAGAGAUGGGAGCCGGCACUUCGGUGCAGGAGAGCGCCGGCCCCAGCCCGCCCGACAGCCCGGGGCAGGAGGAGGAGGAGAUGGUGAAGAGCCAGCGGGAGGCGAGCGAGCAGCGGCCGGCGGAGGGGGUGGACGGCGGCAAGUCCGUUCAGAACAAUGGCCAGAUUUCCGGAAUGCAGGGGGAAUCGGAGGUUCAAGAGGCUCCUGAUAAAAAAUCCGAGCAGCUCAAUGGGAUCCAGGAGGAGGUGCCUUCCAGAGAGGUUGGACAAGGAGACCCUGCAGUUGUAUCUGAAGGGGAAGAGAUGGAGGAAAUGGAGCUAAACCAGGAGGAGGUCCCAAUCAAGAGUGAAAGUGGAGAGCCGAUAAACGCCCAGGAGGGAGGGGACUUGCAGGAGGACACGGGAGAGCAGGCCGAGGAUGUGCAGGCAGCUGAGAUUGGCUUCAAGAAGGUCUUCAAGUUUGUCGGCUUGAAGUUCACCAUGAAGAAGGAGAAGCCGGUGAAGUCUGAGCCGGUCCAGCUGCUAACCGUGACCAGGGAAGAAAACGGCAGGGCAGGGGAAACGGGCGGUGAAUCCCAGCAAGCAGUGGAUGGAGGCACAGAAGCCAAUGGAAGUCCCAUCGAUGAGGCCGAGGGAAGUCCACCUGAGAUACUCUCACCGGAAAUAGUGGAAGAGAAGGUUGUGCAAGAAGAAACCAAACCACCAGAUGCCGAGGAACCGCCGGCAGCCGUGGAGACAAGUGGCAACGCAGCAGAGACCCCUGCCGUCGACUCGCCGCUGAAGAGGUUUUUCAAGCAAGGCUUUUUCUCGGGGUUGCGAAGGAAGCAGAGUUUCAAGAAGGCCAAGGACGAGCCGCUCAUCAUCGGGGAGAAGACGGAAGCAAACGGGGAGCAAGCCGUUGCCGCUGAAGCUGGGGGGAGCGGGGAGACGGAGCGCGGACCUGAGGCACAGCCUUCCACUUCCCAGGAAGCGGCUGAAGUCCUGGCUGUUCCAGCACCGGAAGAAAAUCGAGGGGGAGAGGAGGAGUUUGAAGACCUCACCUCGGAGUUAGCAUGCGUUAGGGUGGCAAGCGAGCCACCGACCAUGGCAGAAAGCAAGACCUCGGAAACAAACGAGGUUGGUGUCCCCACAGAGAACUUGGUUGCCACGGAUACAGGGACGGGCCAGGUCAUCUCCAGCAUUGGAAAAUCAACAGAGGGAGCAGUGAUUGCAGAGUCUGCUGCCCCCAAAGCUGCAACGGAGCUUCAAGCCCAACAUGAGGAGAUGGCCCAAGAGAAACCUUCAGAACCCAUUGCCGCUGAGAGUGAGCUCCUGUCUUCACAAAGCUCCAAGCAGCAAGACAGCCCACUAAGGAAGCUUUUCACGAGCAGCAGCAUCAAGAAACUGUCCGGUAAGAAGGCAAAAGGCAAGAAAGGGGAGGCCAGAGCUAGGGACACGGACGACGAGACAAAAUUGCAGUCUUCCACCGAAUCCGAAGGCAGCCCCGAUGGCCAAAAGCCAGACAGCCCGCCAACAUUCCUGGAGGAAACGGGCGAGGGAAUUGCAGCAGAAACGACGGAAUCGGGUUUGUUGCACGCAGAGCAGGAGGACGCAAACGGCGGUGCUGAUGGGGAGAGGAGGAAGGAACCCAUCACUGCCUGGGCCUCCUUCAAGAAGCUGGUGACCCCCAGGAAACGACCCAAAGGGCCGUCGGAGAGCGACCGAGACGACGAGCAGAACGACAAGGUGAAGAGCGCCACCAUCUCCUCUGCGGAGAGCACUGGCUCGGAGAAGCAAGAAGAACCCAAGUCCAAUGGCGAGGAGCAGAAGUUGGAACGGAGCGUCGAGGACCCAAAAAAGAAAGCGGAUGCCCCCGUGACUUGGGAAGCGCUGAUCUGUGUCGGGUCUUCAAAGAAGAGGACGAGGAAACUGUCCGAGUCGGAGCUUCAGAAGUCAAACGAGGAGGCCCAAAGUCCAGAGGGAAAUGGCCAAGCACAAGACAGUACUGAGGAGGCGAAAGUCAGCAGCCCACAAGCAACUGAUCAGGAGCAAGGAGAAGCAUCUCCGGAAUGUGUUGAGAGUCCUGUGGAAGGUGAGGCUCCGGAAGGGGCCAUCUCCACUUGGGAAUCCUUCAAGAGACUGGUGACCUCCAGACGCAAGUCCAAGUCCAAGCUGGAAGAGCGCGUGGAGGAAUCCGUGCCUUGCCCGGAAGCCGCUCUUCCGGAAGCCGAGGCUGCCAAGGACGAAUCCUGGGUGUCUCUGAAGAAAUUGAUCCCGGGCAGAAAAAAGAAGAGGUCGGAUGCUAAGCCCGAGCAACUUCAGGGCGAGUCCGUGGGUAAAGAGGCGGCAUGGGCAGAGUUUGGAGGAAGCAAGAGCGAAGAUGAAUCGGAGACACCGGCAGUGGUGCCACUCACCGAGUACGCUGCGGUGGACGAUGAGAGGGAGCACGAGGAGAGGCUGAGAGCAGGGCUCGAGGCGGUUCAGAAGGUGGAUGGAGUUAUCACCACUUCUGAUGCCGCUCAAACAGGGGAACUGGGCGGUGAGCCGACCGUCGCAGGGGAACAUGGAUCUCUGGAAGGCAUCAAGAGCAGUGUGGACGAGAGGUCUCCGUCGUGGAUUUCGGUGGUUUCGGAUGUAAUCAAGGAGGUGGUUGAAGAUCAGGUAGCUGAGGAGGCCCCGGAGGCAAAGAAACAAACAGAAGAUGGUCACAAGCCCAUGUCGGUGGAAGAGGCAGGCGACAUCGCACCAGAUGAGGUGGCUGAGGAAGCUCAGGUGGUUCUCGCCAAGGGAGCAGCGGCAGUUGACCACCCGGCAGACGAGUCGUUCACUGAGGAGAUGGUCUCGGCAGUCUCGCAGCUGACCGAGACGCCGGUGACGACUGCAGAGGGCACGCCCGUCCAAGAGGACGAGGCUGUGGUGAGCAGGCAAACCCAGGAGGUGCUGGAAGAGGCUGCGGAGAAGGUGAAGCUGGUCGGGUCCUGCUACCAGACGGCAUGCAAGGCCAGCACGCAAGGUGCCGAAUCGGAGCCGGAGAUUCCCACCGGGAAAAUCCCGUGCGAACAGGAGCCACUCGCUGCUCAGACACUGGCGGCAGAAUGUGCACAGAAAGCAGCCGAACAGAUCUCCGGACCAGCGAUGACUGGGGCUCCCGCACCCGGCGAUGUCCGGGAUGGACCUGGUGAAGUGAUCGUGCCAGUAGUGCAGCAGGGGACCGAGGCGGAGAGCAGCGCCCCAGCUGCAGUUGUGCAGGAGGUGGAAACACUUGCAGCACAGGCCGCCGCUCGGCCAGUGGCUGAGGUCGAGGAAAUGUUGUCCGUGAUCCACACGAACGCCGUGACCCACGAGAGCACGACAACCACAACUAUGAGCAAGGGCGUGGCCGUGAGAACCGAAAUAGUGGAAAUUGUACUAGUGCAGACCUCAGGGACUGGUCACGGAGUGGACGUUGAGGAACCAGAGGUUGCUGGGGUGCAGUCUGUCAAAGCCACUGAGGAGGGAGAUCAGACAGAACACCAGACAACUGAUGUUUCACCUCCACAGGUGGAGAAGACCGGAGCAGAGCAAGUCGUGGAAAGCGGAGAGACUGAGGUAAUCCCAGACCCAGUCACCAGGGAUGAAGAGGCAGCAACGGAGCAAGUGGGUGACGUGACUCCAGGUGAUGCUGAACAGGAAGGAAUAGGAAAGGUUGAAGUCGUUGAAAAUGCUCCAGAGAUGGGAGCGGAGAAGAUCUUGGGCGAAGGCUCGGAGGAUGCAGGUGUCCAGGAGGUUCAGCAGGUACAGGAACAGAGUGCAGAAGCCCCAGCAAAGGUUGAAGAGGGUGUGAUUGAGACGGUAUUUGUUGAAGAGACUAGGCAAAUCGUGGAGCCAGUGGACAUGAGAGCAGUCGAGAUAAGUGAAGAACACAUUGAGGUUACUCCAUCAAGUGUGACUGGGGUUCUACAUGGUGAAGAAACCAACCAAAUCACUGCAGUGGAAGGGAGCGAGACCAAGAGUUGUGCAGAGCCUCUUGAAACCAUUUCAGCAGUGGGAGUGACCGAGAGGGUGUGUGGUGAAGAGACCACUGAACUCGCUCCAGUGGGAGUAACAGAAGCUCUAUUGGGUGAAGAACCCAUUGUAAACGCUCCGGCUGUGGGAGUAACUGAAGUGCGGAGUAAUGAAGAAACAACUGAACUCACUCCGGUGGGAGUAGCUGAGGCUCAAUUAGGUGAAGAACCCAUUGAGAUCACUCCAGCAAUCGGAGUGACAGAUGUGAUGUUCACAGAAGUCAAUAAAACCAGUCCGGAUGAAGCAGCAGAGGGGGUGUGCAGUGAAGAGACGACUGAGAUCACUCUGGUGGGAGUAACUGAGAUGAUAGUUGGUGACGAACUUGCUGAUAUCAGCCAGAGAGUGACGCAGGUGGGAUACAGCGAGGAGACCUCUGAAAUCACCACAGCCGUUGUCUCGGAGGCACUACCUUGUGAAGAGCCCGUCAAAAUCUUUCCAGCAGUCAGAAUGAUGGAGGCCGUGUGCAGUGAAAAGCCAAUAGAACUCCCUCCAGUUGGAGCUACUAAGAUUGUAUCCGGUGAGGAGCCUGCUGAAAUCACUCAAGUGAGCGCGGCUGAGGUUCUAUCUGAAAAGACGAUCAAAGUCACUUCUGCCGAUCCAUCUGAAGUUUUAGAUGGUGAGGAGAAGAUGGACAUUGCCCCAGUGGGAGUAACCAAGGUGUGUGCUGAAGAGACCACUGAAGUUACACCAGUGGUGGGAGUGGAUGUGGCGUGUAGUGAAAUGGCCCAAUCUGCUCCAGUGGAGGUGAGCGUAGAACAGAGGAAGAGUGACCUUGAGGAAGGAGGAGAAGAUAAAGCUUCGCAGGAGGGGGCUAGUGAGAGAAACGAAGAGGAAGUACAACAGGUAAUCAUCUCUGAAGUAGUUCAGGAGCAGUUUGUGGCCGUUGAGAUCCUACAACAGACUGUGGAAGUCCAGCAGGAUCAGCGAGUUGUCGCAGAGAAGCUGGAAACGAGAAUGGAAGAGGCCGUCUGUGAAGGGCUUGCUGAGGAGCAGAGAGCUCAGGAACCUCCUGCUGAUGUAAUGGGUUCAGCCCCACAAAUCCUAUUGCCCACUAGCAUUGAAGGACCAUGCAAAGAAACAAACAAAAGCGCCAUAAUUAAAGUUGCAAGCGUUGAUGUGACCAGUGAAACUGUCUGUGAUGUGCUGGAAGGUGUGAAGUCCGUGCAGCCCAAAGUUGAAGAGACUCUCCUUCCCUCUGAAGAAAUGGACACUGGGUUGGUUGAGGUGUCCCGAGUUUGCUGUGAAACCCCUCCAAGGGAGAAGCCUGAAGAACUACUCGUGGAAAUGGCCACAACAGAGACGGCAACCAAACAAGUUGAAACGGAAGUAACUAGCGAGCCACUGAACAUGAUCAACGGAGGUGAAAGUAGGAGCCCGGAGCAGGCUACAGGUGGAGUGGAGAGUAAGCUGCCCUCCCAGGGCAAGGACAAACCAGCACAGGGCGAACUCCAGUCCCCUGAAAAGAUGCAAUUUACAGCUGAUGACCUUAUCCAAAGUGACAUGCUAUCCGUGAUAGUCCCCAAUGUUCAAAAUAUGGCUGCUUCUAUACUACUUAAAAACACUGAGUCGUCGGUCAAACCACAGACUAAGGUGGAGUACAGUCACGCAACUGUCAAAUUAAUUACUGAAACAAUCUGUCCAACUGUUGAGAGUGCCCCCAAAGUCACAUUACACGCUGCUAUUACUGAUGAAUGCCGACUUAUACAGAACGAGACGGUGACUGCAAUGGAGGACCUACCUAUAGAUAAUAGUUCGGAGUCUUGUGAGGAGACUUUCAUGGUGACUGCACUUUCUGUGAAGGAGGGGGUCAUCACGGAGACGCUAACAACUACAGCGGCAGAGAUUCCCGAGCAGUGUGUUGUGGAUCGGGGCGUGCUUCUAUCUGAGGACGUUAAUCAAACUUCAAUAGCAGUGACUGCGGCUGUCUUAGUGGAGUCUGCAAUAGAAAUGGCCUCGGGCUACGUGUCGGGCAGUGCCGAUGGCUCUGAGAUGGGCUCAACACUCGACGGACAAAUGGUCAAGAGCUUUGUGAAAGAACAACUUGAACAUCAGCCGGCUGACUGCAAAAUCAAAGAAAAUGUUGCACAGAUAUCGGAGUGUUUGGAAGCGCAGAACGAGGGAGAAGCAAGUCAGGCUCUGGCAACUGAGCAGCUGAACAUGCAAACUGCUCAGGCUUUCAGUCAAGAUGCUCUGGUAGUUCAGAUGCAAGGACAAGAGAGUACAAAGAAGAAGGAAGAUUUACCAGGGCCACAAAAGGAUCUGGCGAUUGAAGGAACAUGUGAAGUGGUUGAUCACAUAUUGCAAACUUCAGGAAGUAAGGGCAUUGAAGGAGAAGGAAAAGUUGUAAUGCAGUCAGUGGAGGUGGUAUCCGAGACGACUGUAAGAGGUGAUCAGGUGCCAAUUGAGACUGAAACUCUUAUAUCAGUGCAGACUAAGCAAGCAAAGGAAUUGUCUGAUGGUACUUCAGACAAUAUUUCAGUCUCUAUAGAUGUGAUCAAACCUGAAAGUUGCUUUUCCUUGGAGGAACAUGAAAGAAUAUUUCAUGCUACGGAAGUGGUAGAGAGAAUCAAACUCGAAACAACCCAACAAAUAGCUGAAGAGCAGACACUGCUAAAUGAAAACCUGGCUGCAAUUGAGGUGGAAACAAUGGUUCUAAUAGAGGGCAAAGAGACGGGCCAAAAUCAGACGCCGGGGACAAAUGAAAAGAAAACCCAGGAAGUGGAGGCGAAGCCAGCUGCUUCCGAAUUUGUAAAAGAUGCAGCGGAGAAAACACCUUCUUGAGAUUUCCAGACAAUGGGAGAACUGAAUGAGAAGCCAGGGAGACUCGGAGAAUCUUGCUCUACUGUGACAAGACCAAGUACCACUGUCAUGAUGGUCCUGUUAAUUGACAAUCCUGAAUCAAUCCAAGAGCUUUACAUACACUAAUAAUUAUGUAACCUAAUGUUUUUUGCUUUUAACCUGAUCUGAUGAUAAAUGCGACAUGUGAUGUUGAAGCACUGCUGCUUCUCCACGGCCUGCAGGUUCCAUGUGGGGAAGGGAGUUGUAAUCUGAGCAUUCUGGGAAUGGUUGCAGUAUUUAUUCACUAGAUGAAAGACUCCUUUAUAAAUAUUGCUUAAUGUGAAACUUAAUUCUGAAAAUACUGGUAUUCUCAUUGGUUUGAUUAGAACACUGUGGAAUGGUUUUUAAGUCCCCUUUAAAUUGUUUAGGGCUUGGUUCUUGAUGCUUGCCCAAAUAUUCAAGUAGAACAAACCUCUUGACCUUGGAUAAGAGUGAAAUAGUCCUAAAGUGACACACAUUGGCCAGAACUCAAAAGAGCCUGACCUGCAUUGUGAGGGAGGGGCAACAAGAUUUGUAAAUCCCAUGGAGAGGUAGUGUAUUGUUCAGGUUUGACGAGCCAUGCAAUGUUUCUAAACCAAGGUUAUAGUUUUACCAAAUCUGUCACCAAUACUCACAAAGAUGACAUACAGUUGCCUCUGGCUAGUUAUUUGCAACUGUUGGAUUGGAAGAAUUGAAGUGGCGUUGUCUAAGGGAGUUGUAUGUUGGCAAAGGCCAGGUGAAGAUCCAUUACACUGGGUUACUGGUUGAGGUUUGUUUGGUUUCCUAUAACAACUUCCUAUGAUGUGCCUUGGUAUUGCAUACUAUUAAUGCUCAACACUUCAUUGUAUCAUUAUGGUUUUGAUGUUUCCUGUAUUUGUGAAGACCCCCCCCCAAUAAAUAUGCUUCCUAUUAUUAAAGCAACUGGGAGCCGAUUGUCCAGGUUGGAGAGUCCUUCCAGCUCACUUUCCUCUCCCAUGAUAAACCCACCGCCCGAGUGUUAACACAUCACUGUCCAGUUCCUGUCUCGUGUUAGUGACAUUUUUCAGUAUGCCAUUAGAUUAACAUGGCAAUGACUGUACACAGAUUCACCACAUUUUAUUAACCAGGGCAGGAGCCACAAAGAGCUGUUCUCAUUAAUACUGCUGUGCUUUUAUAACUGAAUGUGAAAUUGAUAUUUGUACAAAUUGUAUUACCCAUGUAUCUAAGCCAUAUUGGAAUACUUCUACAAAUAAAGUAAUAUUAGCAUUAA